AUUUUGCAACUCAAAUGACACUGUACACUCUCGCCUUCCCCAUUUGAAUCUCUGUCUGAAUUCCUCAAAUCUAGACAGAGAAACCAAACUCCAUUUUCGGAGAGAGAGACGCCUCCAUUUCUGAAGCUGUUCCUUGCUGCAAUGGCGUUCACAUCUUUCCUCGGUAGACUGCUUUUUGUCUCCCUCUUCGUUCUCUCCGCCUAUCAAGAGUUCAGCGAAUUUGGAGUUGAUGGUGGUCCUGCUGCGAAGAGUUUGAAGCCGAAAUAUGAUGUUUUCUCCAAGCAUGUCGCGACCCAAACUGGAAUUCAAAUCCCUCACGUAGAUAUGAAACAUUUGAUACUGGGGGCUAUCGUCUUGAAUUCUCUUGGAAGCCUCCUAUUUGUCUUUGACAGCACUUUUGGAGCUGUGAUCCUGCUGCUGCAUCAAGCAAUUGCAACUCCCAUCCUGUAUGACUUCUACAACUAUGAAGCUGACAAGAGAGAGUUUAAUCAGCUCUUUGUCAAGUUUACACAGGGUUUGGCAUUGCUCGGAGCUCUUCUCUACUUCAUUGGGAUGAAGAACUCAUUGCCAAGGCGAUCAUCAAAGAGGAAGGUGGCCACUAAAGCAAAAACCAAUUAGGAUGAAUGGAUAAUCAGCUUUACUUGGUUUGUUGCAAUUUACCUUAUCUUUUUUUGUAGGAUUAUCAUGUCUACAUCAGUUCGAUAUUUUGUUUUCACGUCUUUAUUUUCCAGCUAGAUUAACUGAACAAUGCUACGUUAAAUUCUUAAGUUUCAAUUACACCGAAACUUCUUAGAUGAUUUAUAUAGUCAUCUGUAAAUUAA